AUGUCUUCCACAGCCCCUGCCUCACAGAUCCACCUCCGCACACCCCCGGAGCCGGGAAAGAAACCCGCAUCCCGCACCUACCUCAUCUACUUCGUAACCGGCAACCCAGGCCUCGUAGAAUACUACCGCACCUUCCUCACCCACCUCUACGGGCUACUAACCCACAACACGGCCUCAGACCGGUCCACAGAAUUCCAAGUCUACGGCCGCAGUCUCUCUGGCUUCGAAAUGAACGACGCUGAGAUCAAGACGAUGAAGUGGCGGAAACAGCCGCCGUAUGGGUUGCAAGACCAGAUUAGGCAUUCGGAAGAUGAGCUUGCGGAGCUGGUGGAGGAGGUUAAGGAGAGUGGUGGUGCGAGGGAUGUUAGGCCCUUCCUGAAGAACUCCAAUUUUGCGACCUUCGCAGCCCUCUUCGUCAACUUUCUUACCAUGUUCUUACCCAUCUCAAUUCUUACAACCCUAAUCGCAAAAUUCAUGGACUUCCCCACGGACGCCGCGCAAACCACCGCCGCCUUUGUCAAAUCCCCCCACGGCAUCCACGAAGCACUCCACAUGGCCCGCGAUGAGAUGUUCCAAAUCGACACCGACAUCUGGGACGAGGAGAUCUGGGGCGCCGCCGCUUCAGAGCCCGCAACCAAGCAUCCGCACCCGCGGCCCAUCUUGCGCUUCUUGUUCGCGCGAAAAGAUCACUGGGUUGCGGAUGCGACGAGGGAUGCGCUUAUCCAUACCCGUGGAAGGUUCAGCCGUGGAGAUGGCGUAGAGGAGGUGGAGGGCCAGGGCGAGAACUGGAAACCCGUUAUGGAGAUUGAUGAGAGGGAAGGGUGGCCGCAUGGGUUUUGUAUUCGCCACGGGGUGCCGGUGGCGGAGAAGGUGGCGGGGUAUGUUCGGGCGAUUGUGGCGCAGGAUAUGGCGAGGAAGUAG